AUGCCGUAUGCCUCCGGGGUUGUUCCGACCGUCCAGGAGCUCGAGGCGCACUACCACGAGCUGAGCCAGGGAAGGCGCAACUUGCAGGAGAUGCUGGAGAAGACUGAGCGGAUGAUGGAAAGGGUUAGGAGGGGGAUCGAGGAACAGCGCGCAGGCGACCAGCGACAGGUUGCCGUGCCGUUGUCCGUGACGCGCGGCGAAGGCAGGCGGGAAUCUGUCUGGCCUGUCGUCUCUUCGGAAUCUGGCGCCAGGGAGUGA